ACACAGAGAGAGAGAGAGAGAGAUUAAACCCCCGAGGGUGAGUUUUGCAACCACUGUGGAGUUCUCCUCUCCACCGUGGUGCAUAUCUUCAAGGUGACGGCUGCCCCUGCAACGGGUCGGGACGCGCCUCGCAGACUCUGUGAUGAAAUCCAAAAAUGCGUAAAAGGACAGAUGACACUUUGACAAGCGAGCCACGCGUGUUGCGCGGAGCAUGUUAAAUACCCUGGCAGCUUCGCGCAGUUGCCCCCAGUGUCCCCGCGGCACACGCACGCGAGGAGUUCGAGGGCGCUCCCAAGUGUCCGGACGCCCACAAGAGGCUUCUCGCUCCGAGCCAGUCGUCAUGUUGGAUAGAUUCGGGCCGCAGAGCGUCUCCGGCGCGGACCUCCAGCUCAAACCGGCGGACAACAAGAGCGGCCUGGCCGCCGCAGCAGGGAUGGGGAUGGAGAACGGCGCUGGGAAGAGUCUCAUAGAGAUCACCGGACCGCCGCUGUCCAAAAGAAAACUUCUGGUCGGCUUAGACCUCCUGUGCCUCUUCCUCGCCUCCAUCCCUUUCUUCGCGUGUGAGCUGAAGGCAGUGAGCCCUUACAGAAGGGGCUUCAUGUGCGGGGACCCCAGCAUCACCUAUCCUUAUCUGCACCGAGAGGCCAUACCAGAUGAGUUACUCAUCACCGGCGGCAUCAUCAUCACUGGCCUCACGAUCGCCCUCGGGGAGUGUUACAGGGUACGCUUCAGAAGCAUCAGCUCCAAGGCCUUCAUCAGGAACCUGUACGUGUCCUGUCUGUACAAGGAGCUGGGCUGCUUUCUGUUUGGCUGCUGUGUUGGCCAAUCAUUGACCAACAUGGCCAAGCUGAGCGUGGGCCGGCUGCGACCACACUUUCUGUCCGUGUGCGGUGUCACCUAUGCGUCACUCAACUGCACACCGGGAAGCUACGUCGCAACAGUGAGCUGCCGUCAGCCUGACCACCGGUUAGAGGAAGAGGCAAGGAAGUCCUUCUUCUCUGGCCAUGCUUCCUUUGCCAUGUACACAAUGCUCUAUUUAGCAUUUUACCUGCAGGCGCGGUUGACAUGGCAUGGGGCUCGGCUGCUGAGGCCAGCGAUGCAGUUCUUCCUGGUUUUUCUGGCAGUCUACACAGGUCUGACCCGCAUCUCAGACUACCGGCACCACCCAUCCGACGUGCUAACGGGCUACAUACAGGGAGCCCUCACUGCUUACUGGGUGGCCUUCCACAUCUCAUCCAUGUUUAAACGCUCCAGUUCGGCUCUGUCUCCGACUGACACCCUGGACAGCCCCUUGUCACCCCACCACACUGUCUGCUGAGCCUCACCCCCCACCGGCCCCUGCCUGCACCAACAUCCACCUGCUGCCUUUAUGGUCUGGUUCGGAUAGAUGAGAGAUUUUAAGAAUGUGAAACCAUUUCCUGUGAAGUCAAACCACAUACCUCAUUACUCAGACAGAGCAGGACAGAGAGCAGAGACAGUCUCUGAGCCAUCUUGCACGUGGCUCUAAAGAGAGGACAUAUGAACUGUGAGGGAGGGAGAGGGAGGGUGCUGAAAGCUACACUGGAGCGUUGUGUAAGCAGCCUUGACCUUUCGUCCUUGACUGACUGACCUUAACAUUUGAUACUUACCUGUGAGAUGAGACUGAACACCCAGCGACCACUACCACUCCUUAUGUCACCUGUAAAUAUAUAUAUAGUUUUUUUACAAAUUGGAAUGAUACUGUUAAGGCACUUUUUGAUUUCAAUGUUAGUAUUAUUAAUCGCCACUCAAUGUUUUGUACUGUGUUUUAUACCAACAUGUAGCUGUUUUUUGUUAGUUAUGUUUUUUUUAAAUAGACCCUGUGAAUAUAAUAGUGUUAGUGAAGAAAUCACGAAUGGCAAGAAAGCAAUUUAUUUUCCUCAUGUGUUGUACCAUUUAGGUAAUGGAGGAUGUGUCUGUCUACCAGUGUGAGUCAUGUCAUGCAUAGUUUACGGAUAAGGGAAUAACUAUGAGGAUGUCUGUAGAAUUUAAUACAUAUUGGAAGAGCACAUACUCUAUGCUACUAGUUCUCUGUCAGAUUUAUGAUAAUACAAUUUUGCAAGGCUAAUUACCAGUCCAAGAGCACAAUGAUCAUUAAAGAAAAAAGGUGAUUUUUCUUAAAAUCUGACUCUUUAA